AGUUUUGUUUACAAACAAAUCGUAGCAAAAGCGCGCAUUUAUUCUUCCUGCCUAGAACGGCGAAACAAUUGUUUUCCCAAUGCAGUUUUAAGAAUAAGAUGGUAAUUUAACCAAAAAUGUGUAAUAUAGUCCCUACAAAUGUGACGUACAUGUCUGUUUCAAGCUAGACAAAAGCGUGUAGGCAAUCGAAGGGAAGCUGUGGCAGUGUUGUCUUCUCACCAGCUCGGUUGGUACAAUAUGCGAACGUUUAAAACCUCAGCCCUAGAUCUGUGGAAGGAAGAGGAAAACCGGACCGGCCUGGUGACGUUCUGCAAAGACUUGGAUCUUGCGCUGGGCAGUGGUAUUUCCGAAGGAAUGAUAACCGAACUGUGCGGUCCGCCCGGCAGUGGGAAAACACAACUAUGCUUACAGCUUUCGGUAAACGUGCAGAUACCACGGCGGCUCGGUGGGCUACAAGGGCGAGCCGUUUAUUUGGAUACCAACUAUGGAUUUUGCCCAAAGCGAGUGAAAGAAAUGGCAGAAUCUUGCCGCAACCAUUGCACGAACAUUGCGCUACUGCAUAAGCUAGAUCCGGACGAGACUCUGGCCGGCUUUUCGGAAGCGACCGUGCUAGAUGGAAUUCUCUAUUCACAUGUUACCAAUUGCACCCAAAUUCUCGAGGCAAUAGCCGACUUGCAGAACCGACUGUACGAUGGCGAAAAGAUUAAACUAAUCAUACUCGAUUCGCUUUCGUUUCUCAUACGAAACACCAUAACACGCUCGAUGAAGCGAGUAAGGCGGCUACAUGAAAUACUUACACCGCUGCAUAAAAUCGCCCAUCGGUUCGGUUGUGUAGUAAUUGUUACGAACGAUGUAACGACGCGCAUUUCGGAUUCGGACGCUUCCGAUCGGCUAGCGGAAACCACCACCAUCACCACCACACCACAGAUAGUAGCCGCCCUUGGCGGAAGUCACACGCACAAAGUAAAUCAACGAAUACUGCUCGGGCGUGAUGAAAGCGAUUACGAUUCGCAGUCGACCGUGUAUGUGGCUUCCAUAGAGAAGGGUCACUUUCUGCCCCGUAUUACCGUACCGUUCCGUAUCGAAACGGCAGGCAUCAGGGGAGUCAGCAAACGAGAUGUGCGGUAACAGCAGAAGCUGCCUUUUCCCAAGCGUUUAUUUACUGCGCGGGUGUGAUGAGAGCUUAAAUAACCGUGAAAAGCAACGACGACGACGGCCACCAGUGGUGAAGAGCCCUCAACUCAAUAGGAGGAUAGUGUGACCAGCACAUCGCGAUAGUCACCGCUCAGAUCGCCCUGAAAGAAGGCAGAAGGGUAGAGGGUUUCGAUCAUCAACAACGAGGACGACCGAUCGCAGAAGGGUGGAGAAAGCAGAGGCAUGACAAAAACCACAACUGUGUGAUACAUAUUGUUUUACGCAUGGCAUUAAAAUGCGGACAUUAGAUGUGUUGUGGAGGUUAUUUAGCGCGGCCACGUAGAAAAGGGAGGAUGUGUGUGUGUGUUUUUUUAACAUAAAUUACUUUUGUAUUACAACCAACGAGUAUUAACGCAUUCACAUACACACGUGCAAGAAACGUGCUUUACCGACAGUACAUUGUAUGCGUUUUAUGAUUAGAGAAGCAGUGGUGCAGAAGGUCUGCUGAAGAGCACUGUUUUACUUCAUACACAUACACCACCACACGCAACGGUUAGUGCACCGCAACAAGGCUGCUGGUGGAAAAUCGUGUGUGUGCGGGAUGGAUGAUGGGAUGGGGCCGGUUUAAUAAGUAGCAACUUCAGCAAGCAAAUUGCCAAGAUCACUUCCAAUAUCAUCCUAAAGGAGAGAGAGAGAGGGAGAGAUAAGGUUGAAAGCUAGUGAUGGGCAAAACGAUGGUGCGGUCGGAAUCGAUUCCGGAGCGCUCCGAAUUUUGCGGAACAAAUUCUGAAUCCGGAAUCGGAACCGGAACCGGAUCCCAAAUCAGAUUUGGAUUCGUAUCCGAAAUCGGAGCAGGAAACGAUUCCGAGAGCCCAUCACUCUUGAGAACUGGAUCCGGAUCCAAGUGAGUUUGUUAGCUUGGGAGUAAAAUUAAAUGUCCCCGUGAAUACCAAAAUCUGUGUUAACGAUUAAGCUUAUCGGAGGGAACGGGCUGUUUUAAUAAAUCCGUAAAUUGUAAACUAAAAACAAAGACAAUAAUAUACUUUGGUUACAACAA